UAUUUGAUCAAAAUGAUGUCCAAAGUUGGCGCGGACGAUGCUGGCAAAUCGUCCCCGACGCCCAAGCCGGAUGCCAAUAAACUAUGGAUACACUGCAAUCGCUGCUUCGAUCAGUUUGCCCUCAAGAGGCACAUGUUUUUCUUACUGGCCUGCCAGCAUGUGAGCUGCGAGAAAUGCGUGAAAGCCUGCCUAGGACGCACGCCCAGCGAUGCGCCCAUCUACACGUGCCCCAUCUGCCACAAGAAUGUGCGCGGCCGGCAAAUAAACAACUCGAUGCCCAACAAUCUGAAGCGCUUGUUUCAUCCGGAGCCGUGGAAUUUGGCCCUUGAUUUCGUAGAAACAUUCCAGCGAACCAACCAAAAAAAUUUCAAUAAGUACAAGGAAAAGAAGGAGAAGAUUAUGGACAAAUUAGACAAGGACAUAGAGCUAGCCCAGUUGGUAUGCCAGAAGCAUUUUCAUGAGCAACAGACGCUGCGCGUGGAGCGGAGAAAACUGACUCUGCGAAUGCGUCAAAUUAAAUUGCAGGUGGCACAGCAAAAAGAGGCCGAACGCCGUUUUCUCAUGUCCAAGCGUCGGAGAUCAAUGGAAGAGCAUACGGGGCCCGCAUCGGUCCUGGCGAUCGACCCACUUGAUUCCAGGGCCCCUACCAGCUUUCGGAAUCGUAUGCCACCGCCGCAAUCGGCAGCUGCAGAAAAUCGUAGGCAGCAGAUCACCAGCUUUGCUCACGAGUCAAAUAAUUCGUUCGAUCUGUAAUUGUAUGUUUAGUGUCUUCCACAAAUUUGAUUUAGUAAUUUCCAAUUGUUUUAAUUAAAUUGAAAACGCAGGUUUUUUGGAUUUUCGAUCUCUCAAAUCCUA